AUGCCGUCAAUUCCAGAGAUACAACACUCCGCCGAAAGCGUCGUUACCGAAAGUAUAGAACAAUCUCCAUCAACAACGCCUGUCUAUUCUUCAAGUGCCCAUUUGAACCCGGAAGACGCGAAGCAAGAACAUCCACAUAAGGAAAUCCAGCCGGGUCCACAAACAAUUCUUGAAGAUGAGUCUAGUCAAACCGGGGAUCCGGAGAAAUCAGGCGCGACUACCCAGUCUGUGCCAGCUAAAGCCCCAGAUGCACCCCCGGAUGGUGGCCUCAAGGCAUGGAUGGUAGUGCUCGGUGCCUUCUGUGGGUUGUUUGUCAGUUUUGGGUGGAUCAAUUGUAUUGGUGUCUUCCUGGACUACUAUAAAACCCAUCAGCUACAGGACUUGCCAACCAGCACAGUAACGUGGAUCACUUCGUUGGAGAUUUUCAUGAUGUUUUUCGGGGGUCCCAUCGUAGGAGUAUUCUUUGACAAUUUCGGUCCCCGCUGGGUUCUGAUAGCCGGCACAUUCUUCCACGUCUUCGGGCUGAUGAUGGUGUCCAUCUCGAAAGAAUACUACCAAUUCAUCCUCGCGCAAGGUGUCUGCAGCCCUAUCGGAACAAGUGCCAUCUUCCACGGCUGUCUCACCUCCGUGAGCACCUGGUUUCGGCGGCGUCGUGCCCUGGCUCUAGGCGUCACUACUUGCGGCUCAAGCGUCGGAGGAGUAAUCUUCCCUAUCAUGGUAGCUCGACUCAUCCCCAUAGUAGGAUUUGGCUGGACAAUGAGGAUCUGCGGAUUCCUCAGUCUAGGGCUCCUGGUUAUUGCCAACCUCACGGUACAAUCGCGACUCCAACAUCACCGGAAGCCAUUCCGACCAUUGGAUUUCGUUCGCCCACUCCGCGAGCUCCCUUUCGUGCUUACCACGGCCGGAACCUUUUUUGUAUACUGGGGCUUAUUCUUGCCGUUCGCUUUCAUCCCAACUCAAGCCGAGCGUAUCCUCGGCCGUCUCGUGCCGCCCUAUCUGGCAGAUCUUUUCGGCAGAUUCAACCUAAUGAUGUUAACCUCCCUGUUCUCGGUCAUUAUCGUUCUCGCUCUAUGGCUUCCAUCGCGAAGCAACGCUCCUGCCAUCGUGUUCACUUCUCUUUACGGUUUCAGCUCCGGUGCUGCUGUCUCCCUUGCGCCAGCGCUAGUCGCUCAGAUCUCGGAUCUGCGCGAGAUUGGAGUUCGUAGUGGAACGUAUUUCUGCAUUGUAUCUUUUGCCGCUUUGACAGGUAUGCCGAUUGCAGGUGCUCUGUUGCCUGAUCCCUUACAUGGGUCGUACUUGAAGUUGGAGAUUUUCUGUGGUGUGGUGAUGUUCGGUGGAGUUGUGUUUUAUAUCCUGGCCAAGGGAAGAAUUAGCGGUUGGGGGCUUAUGCAUAAAGUCUAA